AGCUCGAAUAAAUUUAUUUAUUUUUGAAAAUAAUAAUAAAACCCUUAGGUUACUCUCUCUGGAUUCUCGCUGUGUCGUCGACUCGAGUAGGGGAUUCGGUUACGUUAAAGGAUAGUGAUUUGAGGAAGAACAGAUAAGAUGAGUGGGAGUGGAGAUAAUAAAGUUUCUGGAACGACAAAGACACCUGCUGAUUUCCUCAAAUCCAUCCGUGGGAGACCUGUUGUUGUGAAGCUCAACUCUGGUGUUGAUUAUCGUGGCAUUCUUGCUUGUCUUGACGGGUAUAUGAACAUAGCAAUGGAGCAGACAGAGGAGUAUGUUAACGGGCAGCUCAAGAACAAAUACGGUGAUGCCUUCAUCCGUGGAAACAAUGUUCUUUACAUCAGUACUGUGAACACACCUUUAGCUGACGGAGCUUAGACCCUUCCUCAUGCAUCAUCAUCAUCAGCCAUGGCUAUCUUAUACAAGUUACCUGCUUUGACCUCUUUCUAAAACAACUCUUGCACUUGACGAUUGACAUGUAUCAAAGAUGUUUGUUUUUCUUAAAUGAAUUUUUGUUAUAAACAGGGUAAUAGCAGACGUCAUUUAUAUUUACUUAACGCAAACUACUUUAAUUA